AUGGACGACUGGGAGGGCAAUCUGUUGCGCUUUGGUUGCUGGUUUGCUAACCCGAUGCUUCGACUGCCAAGCCUCUUGCAGCCAGCAAGGAGUUCGACACUUGAACGAAGUUACAACAAUUGGGUUGAACGGCACUUUAGUGGAUUGCAGAAGCACAGAUUCUAUCAAGCUGCUCGGAACUGGGUUGGAUCUGGGUCAACAGUCGACUUUGAGCUCCUUGCCCAGCUCAUUUUCAAAGUGGACUCUGCUCUGGCACCAGGUGGAAUACUCGUUUUUCUGCCCUCAUAUGAAGCGAUCAUUACGUUGAAGGAAUAUCUGACGGCCUCUACAAGCAUGACCAAGGAGUUAAGGAGGCAGCGAUGGAUAUUCGUUCUUCAUUCGCGAAUGCUUGUAGCAGACCUGAAACAAAUAUUUAUGCAGCCUCCUUCUGAUAUUCGCAAAAUAAUUCUUGCAACAGACAUUGCUGAGAGUAGCGUAGCGAUUAGUGACAUCGCUUACGUCAUUGAUACGGGUCUCGUCAAGAAGAAAGAAGAGGACCCUAACACUGGUGCACUGAUAAGUCAGAAUCGUUGGAUUAGCUACAACAGCGCCAUUCAACGUCAAUAUGCUGCACAAAUGGGGCGGGAGCCGAAAUGCUUCCAUCUCUACAGCAGACUUCGGCUAACCUCUCUCGAAACUACCGUGGAUGAACCUCGAUCUCCAAUUGUGCGCCACACUAUGGAGGAGGUUUGCCUUCAUGCUAAACUGCUUAGCCCCCCUGGAGAAAAUUUGAACGCUUGCUUUCAGUCGCUGCCUCAUGUGCUUGACCCUAUUGCACUGGACCAGAGCAUCCGGAGUUUGCGUAUCAUCGAUGCGGUGGACGCCUCCGGCGAUUUGACCGAGCUUGGCUCUCACAUGUGCGAUCUCCCACUUCCUCCCAGAUAUUCAAAAAUGGUGCUCGUGAGCAUUGCUCUGAAGUGUGUUGAUCCCAUUCUUACUAUCGCGUGCAUCCUAGCCAACGAAAAUCCCUUUACCCUUCCAAGCUCUGCUAAGGAGCGCAAGGAGGCCCAAAUCGUGCGAAAGAAGUUUUCUGCAGACUCUCUUAGCGAUCACAUGUUCUGGCAAAAGGCUAGAUUCGAGGGAUGGGAACAGAGCUUCUGUCGUAAAAACUACAUUUCAGCAGCCGUUUUCGAUAUCGUCACAACUGUGAGCAAUGAUAAGACCGAUGUACUGGGAGUUUGCCUUUGCAGAACCCAAUUACUAGGUCAGCUACGAGCUUCGGGUUUCGUGAAAGCACGAGGCAGCGGAGAUAUUCGCGACCUCAAUACUCACUCCGAAAAUUGGGCAGUUGUCAAGGCCGCUCUAGUUGCAGGCAUGUAUGACAACUUGGCACAAGUCGACUCGGAAUCAGGCAACCUCGUAGUUUCCGGAUCCUUCCUCAAUGCUUCGAAGGAGAUACUCUCUAAAACUCCCUACUGGGUACGCCCCAGUCCUUUAUCAGUUUUGGCAACAAAUCUUACUGAUAGCUCCCCGGUGGAUCUGAAGCAGCUCCCUUCUCAUUGGCUGGUUUAUGACAAGCUAAUUGGUCAGUGCUCAAUGAGGGAACUAAAUAGGCAUCGGGGCAACUCUGACACGAAGGGGAACUGUGGCAAGGCAAAAAAGUUCAAGUGUCGGGAGAAUACAUGCAAGGAGCCGGAAAGGAAGUUGCUCCAUUGCGUAACAGUCGUCUCGCCCUUCACAACUGCUUUAAUUGCUGGGCCUGUGCGCUCUCCCAUUAUCUGCACUCCGACUGAGGACAUCAAUUCAGAUUUUCGACAGCCGGGAUAUGAGUUUCUCAGAAACAGAACCCGAUUCCAGCAAAAUCAACCACUUACGAUGGCGGAUAUAGAGCGCAUUUUGAAGAACUUUAACACAGAGGUUCCACGUCUCGAAGCCUUAGGGCUGCAUCAAUCGGAAGACAGUGUUAUGAAGAUUCAGGAAGCAAUGUUAGUUGAGCAUCAGUCUGUGAAAGAAAAAACUCAGCCCAAGCGCACCGUUGUAUUGCGCCUGGAUGGACCAGACGGCAUCCUUGCUUAUGAAUGCGAACUUGAAGUGGCUCGGUUGAUAAGUGAUCUCAGGCAAAAAUGGAAUUCAUUGUUACUGCGUCGCCUGAGGAACCCUGGCAAGCCAUCUCAACAGCAGGACGAGGCCCUUCUUUCAACCAUUGUGGCAGUCCUGUCGGCAGAAGAGCAGGUGCUGGGCCUUCGCCAGCCAACAGGCGUUGGUGCACGACCCCGCCCCAUGGCCACAGAGCUGUGCAAUCAAAACGACACAGUUACUGACGCUGCGACAACUGCUUCCAGUGUCACCGGGCCGCUCCCCUCCCCUGCUGCCGCCGAUGAGGACGACAACGGCGGUGGCGAUAGCGACAGCGAAGGAGCUCCUGUGGAGAGUCCUACCACCCCUGUAGCCGCAGUGCAGCUCCCUCAGACUUUAAAACAGCCAACCCGUCUUUCAUCGAAUACCUUGGCGACAAACCAACAGGCGAACGAUUGGGCGAGCACCUUUGGCGGAGGUGACGAUGGGAGUGACACGAGUAAACGUAAACUUCCCCGUGAUGCCUCGUGCACCGCCACGCGGCAGGGGCGACCAAGAAUGUGGGGCGACAGUCUGACUGAUAAUCUUGCUCAACUGAAGCUCGCUAAUUCGCAGUCACCAAUAUCAGACCACUCGGUCACGUACUUCAAGUUUGAAAGGGCUCAAACACACCAAAGAAUGUGCCAACAGCAAAACCACUGGAGUCAACAGCGCUGCGACCUGUCACUUGCGCUUCAGGUGAAUGGCGACGGCGGCGACACAUACCCAUCUGAGGCUGAUGCGCGACCACUAGCGACCCCUGGCACUCAUGCUGACAAAAGCAGCACCGACAACUUUCAUCUGACAAACCCCAGUAUUCCAUUCGGAUCAUUGCAACCUUUGGGACAACGCCAUUUGAAAUAA